AUGUCCUCCGCUAUGUAUGAUCCGGAUGAUGCCUUUAAUCGGUCCCCGCCUUUGGAGGCAAUGAAACCGAACUAUGGAGACAAACCGUCACCACCGCCAUUCGUCCGUCCUUCUGAAACGGAGGCCGAAGCGGGCUCAUCCCGUAAGCCCAACCAGCCCGGACCUCUGAUUUCGACUCAUGAGGGCGACCGCGUGCUGAUGGGGUAUCUAGCUCCGAAUCAGCCUGAGAUUGCUGCAGCGGCAAAGACUUCCCCAUUGGAACCAUUGCCUGGGAAUCCCAAAAAUCAUAGACAGCGGCCUCCUGAUUUCGACCCCAGAUACUUAAAGAAAUUAGCUCCAAUCUCGAAGGACGAGCCUCCACCAAAGGAGGAGGCGGUCUCAGCCUCAAAGAUUGAAGAAAAGCCCUCCGAAUUGACAUCGACCCUGGCGCCAGUUCAGCCUGUGCAGCCAGGGGUUGAGGUCAAAAAUGAGGUCGUCCAAAGAGGACGGCUCCAGUCAUUCAGUGGUCCAAGUCGUCGACCUUCACAAGGGUUGCCCCAACUCGAAACUUCCCCGGAACUCAAAUCUCGCAUUUCUCUCCCAUCACUACAACUGCUUCAACCAUCAUCUGCAUCGUGCGUCACAAAAUCCCCGGAAAGCAGCGGUAACAACCAAACACUGCCGUCUAUUCGAAAGGCUCUGGGCGCACUGUCAGACUUUGGCCCCCCACCGGUCAACACCUACUCAUCUCCCGUCACGUUCUCCUCAUGUCCUGGAUCAACAACCUCAGGGAAUGAUUCUCCCUUCGACCGCCCUUUCUCGGGCAAAUUUUCCGUUUCCGCCACUCCCUUCUCUCACUUUUCGCCAGUGAGUAUGAAGGAUUCCUCUACCAACCCUUCUCCAGCCUCGCACUCGUCCUUCUGGCAUGGACCACCGCAUCCGGAUAUGUUGUCCAUUCAAACCCCAUACGAGUCUUCCCCCGCGACUGCCAAAAGCCCAGCGACCAGUUAUCCUACGCCCACGGAACAAGUCGGCGCUGGUAUAGGCGAUCGACAUUCGCUCGCUGCGUCCACACCCCAGGCCAAUGGAGGCCCCGUGGGCAGUUACAAGUGCGAUCAUCCCGGAUGCACUGCUCCACCUUUUCAAACCCAGUAUCUCCUCAAUAGCUCUCAUGCCAAUGUGCACUCACAAGAUCGCCCACACUUCUGCCCGGUAGAGGGCUGUCCACGCGCAGCCGGCGGGAAAGGCUUCAAGCGCAAAAAUGAAAUGAUGCGCCAUGGCCUCGUUCACAACUCCCCAGGCUACGUCUGUCCCUUCUGUCCGGACCAGCAACACAAAUACCCGCGGCCCGACAAUCUUCAACGGCAUGUCCGUGUACAUCACCCCGAAAAGAACAAAGACGAUCCCAUUCUCCGACAGGUGCUGGCCCAAAGGCCGAUGGGUAGCUCUCGCGGCAGAAAACGAAGAAUGAAUAAUACAUGA